AUGUCAUCAUCCUCAAAGACGAAACUGGAUCGAAAGCUGAAUAGUUACGCACCACUUGAACCCACGGACAAAACCAAGGAAUUCCUCCGUGACUUCUUCAAGACCCUUCCUCCUGACGGAAAAAAAAUCUGGCGGGGGACGUUUCAGGGUGUGCAAACGAUGAGACGCUUCGGCAACUGGUCCAAAGCAUCAGAAAUGGAUUAUUGA